AUGGUUGCGUUUUCCACUGCAUUAAAACAGUAUAAAGCACUUAAUCCCCUGAUCCUUUUUAGUGGUGAUUGUUUAAAUCCUUCACUCUUAAGUACCACCACAAAAGGACGGCACAUGAUACCAAUUCUUAAUGCUUUUGGAGUACAGUGUGCAGUAUUUGGAAAUCAUGAAUUUGACUUUGGAGUUGACCUACUGGAGGAAGUUAUAUCUGAGAUGAAUUUUCCUUGGUUGCUCAGCAAUGUCUAUGAUUUAUUUACUUCUGAGCCACUAGGGCAUGGCAUACAAAGCAAGAUAAUAGAAUGGAAUGGUUUAAAAAUUGGCUUAAUGGGCUUAGUGGAGGAAGAAUGGAUUGAUACUUUGGCUACUAUUGAUAAGUCAAGUGUGAACUUUAUUGAUUAUGUCAUUGUUGCUGACCAACUUUCUCAAGAACUUCGAGCCAAAGGUGCAGAACUUCUAAUUGCUUUGACACAUAUGAAAUGGAGUAAUGAUAUUAGACUUGCAAGGAGUGCUGAUGGAUUGAACCUGAUUUUAGGAGGGCAUGAUCAUGACUAUGGCACCAAAGAAGUUAAUGGUACUCUUAUUAUCAAAAGUGGAUCAGAUUUUCGAAGCUUAAGUAAAGUUGAUAUUACAAGAACUGGUGAGAAUAAUUACCAGUGUACUACUCAGAAGAUAGAAAUUACAAAAGAAUUGGAGGAAGACAUCCUUGUGAACAACAUUGUCCAAGAGUUUACUUUUAAUCUGGAGCACCUAUUAGGAGAAGUGCUCUGUCAGAUCGAGGUAGAACUGGAUGGACGUUUUACUACAGUAAGAAAAUCAGAGAGCAGUCUAGGGAAUCUUGUUACCAAUGCCAUGCUUGAAGCCACUCAUGCUGAUGUGGCAUUACUUAAUUCAGGUACAUUACGUUCAGAUCGCCUUCAUCCACCAGGUGACUUCACUAUGCAUGAUCUUUUGUUGGUUCUGCCUAUUGUGGACCCACUAUUGGUUGUUCAAGUGACUGCAGAACAGCUGUUGGAUGCUUUAGAAAAUGGAGUCAGCAUGUAUCCAGAACUUGAUGGAAGGUUCCCUCAAGUGGCAGGAUUAGAGUUUGGAUUUGAUCCAAGUGCAGAACCAGGGCACAGAAUUGUUGUAGACUCGGUGAAGGUACAGGGACAGUACUUGGACAGGAAUAGAACAUACUUACUUGCAAUCAAGGAAUAUCUGGCAAAAGGGAAAGAUGGAUAUGUGAUGUUUCGGAAUUGUCAAUGGCUGGUUGAUACAGAAACGGCUCCCAGUCUCUCCACUGUUGUCAUUAACCAUUUUGAAUCAGUAAAAAUUCUCCAGGGACUCAAGAAAUGUAAAUCCGGACAUCGGAUGAGUUUAAUCAAAGUCUCUCAAGCUGCAUCAAUAACAGAUUUUGAGAAGAAAGCUGAUGAAAAAAUUGUAGUUGCCCCUGUCCCCGAUGUGGAAGGAAGAAUAUAUCAUGUUACCAAGGAAAUGAAACAACACCUUAGACAACUGCGAUCUGAACGAGAACUAGGCCAAAAGACAUUUCCAUUAGAUCGCUGUAGUGCAAGAAAAAUCUUCUAA